AUCUUGUUACUUAAGUCAUCUGCAAACCAACACUGUAAAAAUUAACACUACAUAUAGAUUAAUAGAUGCAUUAUGCAUAGCUAGAAAUUGUUCUCAUAACUCGUGAGUGACGGCAAGAAAACUAAAAUUAAAUUCCGCGCGAGUCAGCGUACAUUACCAUUGUGCAGCACGGCGUUUCACGUAAUUAUUUUACAGAUGAGUGGCCAACUGUGUAAAUAAUCGUUCAGUUUUACAUAACGUCUUUUAUUUAAAAAAAAGUCAAGUGAUACAAAGUUAUUAAAGAUGUUUACUAACACAAAUAUUAAAAAUGUAUUUCCAAUAGUAUUAUCAGCUGGAGCAGUGGUAGUGGUUGCAACAGUAAUUGCCCAUUGCGUUUGGGGCAAGAAAUCUGCACCAACAAAGAAGAAAAGUGCUAAAAAGUUGGUAGCACUUGUUGAUCCUGACACAAAGUAUCCAUUGCCGUUGAUUGAAAGAGAAGAAAUCAGUCAUGAUACAAGAAGAUUCAGGUUUGGUUUACCUUCAUCAGAACAUGUUUUAGGGUUACCAAUUGGCCAGCAUAUACACUUAUCUGUCAAAGUAGAUGGUGACCUUGUUAUCAGGGCGUACACUCCUGUAUCUAGCGAUGAUGACAAGGGAUAUGUUGAUCUGGUUGUUAAGGUGUACUUCAAAAAUGUCCACCCGAAAUUCCCAAAUGGUGGUAAAAUGUCUCAGUAUUUGGAAAGUAUGAAGAUUGGUGACACAAUUGAUUUCCGAGGACCAUCGGGACGUCUGCAAUAUGCUGGCAAUGGAAUCUUCCUGAUUAGAAAGUUGAAGAAAGACCCACCUAAUAGAGUGCCAGCAAAGAAAUUGAACAUGAUUGCUGGUGGUACCGGAGUGACUCCAAUGCUGCAACUUGUCAGACACAUCUGUACAGACCCGUCAGAUUCUACGGAGAUGAGAUUGCUGUUUGCCAACCAGACUGAAGAUGACAUUCUUCUUAGAGAUGAACUUGAGAAAUACCAGAGAGAGUACCCCAAUCAGUUCAAAGUUUGGUACACCUUGGAUAGACCGAAAGAAGGCUGGAAAUACAGCAGCGGCUUCAUCAACGAGGAGAUGAUCCGGGAUCAUAUGUUCCCUGCCUCCGAUGACGUGAUUGUGCUCAUGUGUGGACCUCCCCCUAUGAUAAACUUCGCGUGUAACCCCGCUUUAGACAAGCUAGGAUUCAAGGAAACACAACGUUUUGCCUACUAAAUACUAUGGCAAUUAUUAUGAAUUUUUGAGUUAUCGGAGGAACAUAAUAUAGUUGUAUAGUUAAGAAAAAUGGUGCAAUUAUUAUAUUUAUUUAUCAGUAGAUAUUAUUGUUUGUGCUCUUUGUGGGCAAGACUUUAGUCCGAUGACGUCAUAGUAGUGAACCUGUAAAUUGAAUAGUUAUAAUAAGACUGGAUUGUUUGUGAGUCUGUUAUGCUAUUAUUCAUGUGCUGUACAUUUUAUUUCCUCGUUGUACCCUCAGUUGUUAGUUCCUUAUCUAGGACAGUUUUAGCCAAUUUUUAUGCGAGACUUUUUAUAAAGUUUUUAAUUGAAUUUAAAAUAAAAGUUAUA